UCCUUCACAAGAUGAUGAAGAAACUACUAAUUGGUUAAAGUCAAUUAUGUCAACAUCUAUUGAUGGAAAUGAUGCUAUUUAUGAUGAUGAUGUAAUCAAGGUUGCUGAAAGUAAGACAGCAGAACCAGCUGGAAUUGAAGCAGAAAUUGUUUUUGACACCAGCACACCCCAUUCAUCAUUGAAGAGACCAAUGUCUUCACCGCUAAAAUGCAGGGCAAAAAGGAGGAGGGAAGUACUAAGCUGCAACUUAAUUAAAAAAGCUCUACAAGAAAAAAAAUUGAACGUUUUGGACGAGCUACAUGACAUGGAGCUCCAAAAAAUAAAACAGAAUAUUGAGCAACAAAAAGAAUUACAUGAGCAAAAACUUAGACAUAAUGAAGAAAAACAUAAGUUAGAAAUAAUUAAAUUACAUUUAGAGAUAGAUUUACUAAAAAAUAAAUAAUUCAAAUUAAGUAA